AUGAAAUAUGAUCUUGAAAAUAAAACAAGCCAUACCUUGCAUACGACAGAUACAUUACACUCAAUAAUGGACAAGGCUGUACAUGAUUUAUAUAAACAAACAAAUGAUGAUCAACAGAAAGUUAUAGCACCAAAUGAUGGUAGUUUAACAUCAACACCGACAAUAAUAGAAACAGUUGAUCAACAUCCUAUUGGUCAACAGGCAACAAAACCAGUGACUCAAGCUGAUGCAGAAGCGAGUCCAGCUAUAAAACCAAAUUGA